AUGGAUAAUAAUAAUAAUAAUAAUAAAAGGAAACAGAAAAAUGGGAAUAAUGAUAAUGAUAGUGAAUCUGAACAACUAAUACAUCAGAAUAGUAUAAACUCAUCAAAUAGUCAUAUUCAACAUAGAUAUACAACAAUCAAUGAAAUAAAAGAAUCAUAUAGAGGCGGUGGAAGUGUAAGUGGAGGACCUAUUUCUUCACCAUUACUAAAUACAUCAGAACAUUUAAACUAUCAUAUGAACGAAGGAGAUGGUGGUAGUCAACAUUUCUUAUCACCAAUGUCAUCACCAAAUGCUAGUUUUAAUAGAUACUAUCUAAAACCAAGAGAACCAAAAGGAAAAAUAACCUUUAAAAAGAGUAUACUACCAACUAUACUGAUGCUAGUCAUCACGGCUAUCGUUAUCUUUCUCAUAGUCUAUAUGAGAGACUACUCUGCAAACAAUCAAUUUACAAAUCAAUUCCCAUUCGUCAUUGAAGAUGAUCCUCAAUUGUUACAAGUAGCUUCUGCUGCACGUCAAAGACUACUCAACAUUCACAAUGGUACUAUGACAGAACUAAACUUUUCUAUUCUCCUCUUUAACCCUAUUGGAUCAUGGUCUUUGGCAACUUAUAAUGGUUAUCAACUUUCAAAUGUUUCAAGACUUGUUUAUUUACCAUUUUUAGUUGCAACUGUAAAUUGGUGUAUUAGUCAAAACAAGGAUCCACAUUGUUUACAAAUUAUAGCAGGACCAAUGAUACAUGAUUUUAGUUCGAUUCACGCUGGUAUUAUAUUUGAUACUAUUACAGCAGCACCAAAUGCACAAUUUGCAGCCUACAAUGAAUCAACAUUCUUGUCUUGGAUAAAACGUAGAGAAUAUGUCGAACAAUUCCUAGAUUCCUAUGGUUUAUUAGGAAAUCAAACCAUUAUGAACAAAAUUUAUCCAUCAAAUUCAGGUCCAAUACCAAUUUGGGCAGAAGAACAAGUAAUUGAUUUAAUGGGAGUAAAUCAAAUGGAUCCAUAUGAUGCAGCAAUGUUGAUGCUAUUUAUAUCACAUGGAGGAAUAGUACCAAGUGGACAAAGUUAUAUUACCGAUUUAAUAUCAGAGGAAACCUUUUCAGAGUACACGUCACUUGGUUUUGGAUUACCUCCCGGAACGAUUUUACAUACGGUCAUGGGAACGACAGAAACACAGGUAAACGAGGUGGCUCAUAUCGUCCUUCCCAAUGGUAGAGAGCUAAUUAUAUCUGCCUUUUCAAAUGGUUAUCAAAACUAUGGUAAUCCUCCAUACCAGUCAUCGAUACUCGGCAUGUUUGCUUCUGAACUCAUCACAAAGAUGAAUCUGACCGUUGGUAAUCCACCAUGUAUUGUCAUGUCGGCAACAAAUGGUGCAGUUGCCAUUGGUAAUUGGCAGACUGCACAAAAUAUACAGGCGUUUAACCAAACCUAUCUAUACAUUGCCGGAGGUACACCUGGUAUUGCAACGGUCACGUGGAACUUUGCAAUCAAUGUAUCGGGGUUGUACGAAGUGUGUGUAUGGUUUCCAGCCGGAGGUAAUCACACCACCAAGGCUAUUUAUGUCGUAAAUACUGCCGAUCAGAGCGGGCUCACCUACCAAUUUGUCAUCAACCAAGUUCACUAUGGAGCGAGAUGGGUUUUAUUGGAUUCGUUUUAUUUUGCUGCUGGAACUAGCCCAACAGUUGCUGUUUCCAACAUUCAAAUACCAUCAAAUCAACAAGUGGUUGCUGAUUCUAUCAAAAUUACGUCAUGGCCAACCCAUGACAAUAUUCCUGGAUUAUCAGCUAGUUUUGUAAUAGAUACUUAUGAUUAUGGUUACGAUUAA